AUGGAUUGCUCGAGUGGUUUAUAUUUCAAUGCCGAAACAUCAGAAUGUGAUUUCAAAGAGAAUGUAUUGUCAUGUAGAAAUCCUUUCGACUGUGCGAAUCGUAAGAACGGUGCGUAUGCAGAUGGUUGUUCCACUGUAUUUUGGUAUUGCUCAGAGGGUUCUGUUUCGUUGUCGAGGUGUCCUCGAGGAACGUACUUCGAUGUUGAAUUGCUGAAGUGUGACUACAAAGAAGCUGUACCUGCUUGUGGAGGUGUGCGAUCAUCUUCAUCGCAAUCAUCGCGUCUUGCGGCUGACGCAAGUCCUGGGAUGCCAAAGCAAGACCGCGUUUUUCAGACAACUGCUACAGCGGAUUCGUCAAAAGGCCAAGAUACGAUAGAAUGUGGGCAAGACGGCAUAAUUGCUAUGGGUGAUUGUAGUGAUAAAUUCUGGAUGUGUUCGAAUGGUAUCGCAGUGAAAGAAUCGUGUCCUAAAAAUUUGUUCUUCAACGUGAAAACGAAGGAAUGCGAUUAUCCCGAGAAUAUAGAG